CUCAAGCUCUAGCAUAGGAUAACAGACGUCUUUCAGCAGAAUCGAACGGGUAAAUAUUUGAUUUCCUCAGACUGCUUUCGCUUUAAAAAGCCGAUGCCACUUUCAGGUCAGCCGUUGCAAAAACGUUAGAAGUGUCGUAAAACGAUUUCAACGAUGCUUGACUCCGCGUUCCUGAUGUUUGCUGCGGACGUAGGAGCUUGAAAAAACAACAAAUACAGCAAAACUACACUUUUAAAAUUCUCUACAAUCUGAACCUUCAAGAGCUGAUUUAAGCAAUUCUCUCUGUAGCCUUCUCAACUCCAUGUGGGAUGGUUGAGCUGUUUACCAGUGUUGGAGGAAAGACCCACCCCAAAUCCUUCUGGAGGGCGCUAAGACACUGCCUGACUCAAAGCCGACAGGAUUAACUUCAUAUUAGAUUUGUGAGACAAGAGAGAAAGCACACCUGCUUGAGUUUACAAUCCAGGCCACGCUGCUCCCAGUUUGUAUGCUUUUCGGAUCUCGUAUGCGAGACGCCACCUUGAACUGUCAAACUUGGCACGGUUCGCGCACCACCUGAAUCGCCUGUUUUUGUAGGACUUUACAAAUCCGAAUCCAUUCAGAAUCAAGGUCGGUCGUCCUCGGCUGCCAAAAAGGGACGUGUUCGUGUUUGGCUCCCAGAUGUUCACGCUAAAGACUUUGAAUUUUUAUGUUUGGUAAAGAAUGACCAUGAGAGGAUAGUGCGAAGCAAAUGCACAUGCAUAUCUGUAUUGCCAAUGCCUGAGAAGGCCUUUCAGCCGGGCUGGAAAGAAGAGGAAAAAUUCCUUGAGAGAGAGGGGAACUGAACUCGGCUGUUCUCAUUCAGGUCCUGUUCUUUUUUCUGUAUGGUGGAAGCGUGCGUUCGCGCGAUGGCUCAGUCGACAGGAGCAGCCACUGCCUUGUGAAGGUCUACGUGCAGCACUCAUCUGUCAGAUAAGCAGAGCAGGAUGAAACUGAAGAAGCAGGUGACCGUGUGCGGAGGGGCUAUCUUCUGUGUGGCCGUCUUUUCUCUCUACCUGAUGUUGGACAGAGUCCAGCACGACCCGGCGAGGAGGCAGAGCGGAGGGAACUUUCCGAGGAGCCAGAUUUCGGUGUUACAGAACCGUAUCGAACAGCUCGAGCAGCUUCUAGAGGAGAACCAUCAGAUCAUCAGCCACAUUAAAGACUCUGUGCUGGAGCUCACCGACACGGGCGCCGUCUCUCCCAGCGGGCACCUACCCUUCCGCAGCGCCAACGGCUCUUGGGUGUUGCCUUUCGACGGCAGGCCCACUUUUCUAUCCGUUAAGCCACAGGACUGCCAGUUUGCGUUGGGGCGCAGAAGCCAGACUGACCUGCAGAUGCUGGAUGUUUACUCGCUGCUCAACUUUGAAAAUGUGGACGGCGGUGUUUGGAAGCAAGGCUUUGAGAUCACCUACGACCCCAGUGAGUGGGAUGAAGAACCGCUGCAGGUGUUUGUGGUCCCUCAUUCUCACAAUGAUCCAGGAUGGAUCAAGACAUUUGAUAAGUACUACAAUGACCAGACCCAGCAUAUCUUGAACAACAUUGUGGUGAAGCUGGCGGAAGACCCUCGCAGGAAGUUUAUCUGGUCUGAAAUUUCAUAUUUCGCCAAAUGGUGGGAAAGCGCCGACGUACAAAAGCAAGAGGCAAUGCGCAGGCUUAUUCUCAGCGGACAGCUCGAGAUGGUAACGGGAGGUUGGGUCAUGACGGACGAGGCCAACGCUCACUAUUUCGCUAUGAUCGAUCAACUCAUCGAAGGCCAUCAGUGGCUGGAGAAAAAUCUCGGUGUGACCCCUAUCUCAGGCUGGGCAGUGGAUCCGUUCGGUCACAGCGCCACAAUGCCUUACUUGCUGAAACGGGCCAACCUGACCAGCAUGCUGAUCCAGAGAGUCCAUUAUUCCAUUAAGAAGCAUUUCUCUGCCACCCGGAGCCUUGAGUUCAUGUGGAGGCAGGUCUGGGAUCCUGAAUCAAGCACGGAUAUGUUCUGCCACAUGAUGCCAUUUUACAGCUAUGACGUGCCUCACACCUGCGGGCCCGACCCAAAGAUCUGCUGCCAAUUUGACUUCAAAAGGCUUCCGGGUAGUAGAGUAAACUGCCCGUGGAAGGUGCCACCCCGAGCCAUCACGGACGCCAACGUGGCCGAGAGAGCUUCGGUUUUGCUCGAUCAGUAUCGUAAGAAGUCCAAGCUGUUCCGUAGCAAAGUGGUGUUGGUUCCUCUGGGAGAUGAUUUCCGGUACGAUAAAGUGUUGGAGUGGGACCAGCAGUACUUCAACUACCAGAAACUAUUCGAUUACAUGAACUCCCAUCCAGAAAUGCACGUGAAGGCUCAGUUUGCAACACUGACGGACUACUUCAGCGCCGUAUACAAGGCUAACGGAGUCACCCAGGGGGCGCGACCUCCAGAUUACCCUGUGGUGAGCGGAGACUUCUUCGCCUACGCGGACAGAGAGGAUCAUUACUGGAGUGGAUACUACACCUCACGACCCUUCUACAAAAACCUGGACCGCGUGUUAGAGUCUCAUCUCCGAGGGGCUGAGAUUCUUUACAGUCUGGCGGUCGCUCACGCGCGGCAUGCGGGCGUAGAAGGACGUUACCCCACCUCAGAUUACUCUCUUCUCACUGACGCCAGGCGGAACAUUGGGCUCUUUCAGCACCACGAUGCCAUCACGGGCACUGCCAAGGAGAUUGUUGUCAUUGACUACGGAAACAGGUUAUUGCAUUCUCUGGUCGGUCUGAAGCGAGUGAUCAUAAACGCAGCACACUUUCUAGUAAUGAAGUACAAAGAUGUAUAUCGCUUUUAUCAGACAGAGCCUUUCCUGGAGACGGACGACAGACGGGCCACACAGGAUUCUCUUCCGCAGCACACGCUUAUCGAGCUGGAGUCUUCUCCGAGGUAUCUGGUGCUGUUUAACCCGGUGGAGCAGGAGCGUUUGUGUGUGGUUACCGUGUUGGUGAAUUCAGCUAAAGUAAGGGUGCUAACUGAAGAUGGCCAAACGUUACCCGUUCAGCUCAGCGCACAGUGGGUGUCCGCCGUCGAGAUGAGCGGAGAGGUUUACCAGGCCUCUUUCAUGGUACGCCUGCCUGCGCUGGGAUUGGCCGUUUUCCACCUGUACGACUCUGCCGACUCCCCCAUGACCCUGCGCUCCGAAACGCUGCUGAGGAUUCCCGGGCGGGGCCAGGGCAUACGAAGUUUGGAUCCUUUGCCCGUUCGGUCGCAGACGGCUGAUUCUCAACCCUUCUACAUCCAGAGUCAGUCUCUCACUCUGGGCUUCUCUGGAACAACAGGCCUGCUGGAGAGCAUUCGACGCAAAGAUGACCCCCAGGAGGUCAGGGUACAGAUUCAGUUCCUUACAUACGGCACUCGACCCUCAAAGGACAAGAGCGGAGCUUAUCUCUUCUUACCGGACGGAAAUGCUAAGCCUUACUCGCAGAGAGAAGCUCCAAUUGUGCGUGUGCUGGAAGGUCCGCUCUUUGCCGAGGUCGUGAGUUAUUACCAGCACUUCCAACAGACGGUCCGCAUUCAUAAUGUUCCAGGAGUAGAUGGUUUAUCUCUGGACAUCACCACCAUGGUGGACAUCAGAGACCAGAAUAACAAAGAGCUGGCCAUGCGUCUGGUUACAGACAUUCAAAGUGAAGACACUUUCUACACGGACCUCAAUGGGUUUCAGAUCCAACCACGGCGGUUCUUCCAGAAACUUCCAUUACAGGCUAAUUUCUAUCCGAUGCCCUCCAUGGCGUACAUUCAGGACAGUCAGUACCGGCUCACGCUUCACACGGCCCAGGCAUUGGGGGUUAGCAGUCUGGCCAGUGGUCAGUUGGAGGUGAUUCUGGACCGGCGCUUGAUGCAGGAUGAUAACAGGGGUCUGGGACAGGGCCUUAAAGACAACAAGAGAACGGCCAACCGCUUCCGCCUUCUGUUGGAAAGGAGAAGCAAUAGCGGAAAGAUGGUGGACAGCAGACCGGUCAGCUUCCCAUCGCUGCUCAGUCACAUGACCUCUGCCAUCCUAAACCACGAGGUGCUGGCGCUGCCCGUGUUGCCCAGGAAGCACGGCGUGCCCCCCAUGCGCACCUUCGCCCCAUUGGCCGGCACGCUGCCAUGUGACUUCCACCUGCUGAACCUCAGGAGCAUCCAAAGCUCGGUAAAUAAUCAAACGGACGCACACUCUCCAUCUCCUCAUAUGGCUCUACUAUUUCAUCGCCUGGGGCUGGACUGUGGUCUGGAGGCUCAGAACCCCGGUUUCAACUGUACAACCACACAGGGCCAGCUGACCGUUUCCGGACUGUUCCGCGGGCUGGAUGUACAUUUGCUGCAGCCCGUGUCUUUGUCUCUAAUGUACUCUCAGCCUCCUCUUUCCAACGACUCCUCCAUCCAUCUAGAGCCAAUGGAAAUCUCUGCCUACAAGCUUAAGCUGUGCUAGGACAAAGUUGCACCAGAGCCGGGCUCUCCGUUUGGACCCACGGAACCCGUGUUAGCUAAAGUAGAGAGCCACAGCUGGAUGAACCGAGGCGUUUGUUAAUCCAACCUAUCCAAAUCAACAAAUCUACAUGAAGGCCCUCUCGAGGUGAAAGGAUCAAAGACUCAAAGAUGAGAAUGUUCCAGCCGAACGUAGCAACUUAGCUGCCCUUGGCGCUGAAAUAAAAGAUCAUGUCCGAGCUUGUUUUUAUUGGACGGAGCACAAAUCGGUCAACAUCUUUUUUAUUCCCGCUGACCAUCGUUUUUAUCUUUCCUUUUGUUUGAUUUUGGCUCGUGUGUUUCAUCGCUACACCUUACUUAUACGCAUUCUGGAGUUCGUCCUGUAUGUAAAUAUGUCGAAGCUAUACGACUGGAUCUAUACAAACUUGUGGGACUCGGUGCAAUAUGUAAUGCUUCACUUGGCGCUUCUUCGUUUGCUUUUUCUACUCUUAAGGCCUUGGAAGCCGUGCUUGAAAAGCUCGCUUUAUUUCUUUGUCUUUGCUCGUGCAGGGCAGACGCAUGAUUUCUAUGAAUGUGAGUCACCACGGAUGGUCUGUGAAGGCUAUCAGUGGUGUAACGUUUAAAAAACGUCUUUUUUUCGUAAUGGGCCACGACGCACCCGCAAUCCAGUAGUGGUCUUCAGCUAGCUCUCUCAUUGGUCGGUUAUUUGUAAGUUGCGCGAUAAGAGCCGACUUUGACGAUCGGUACGAAAACUUUGUCGCAGAAUGAAGCUGCUUUAAUAAGCUAGCUCUGAAGUCUGUUUUUGUUUUUACGUUAUUAUUUGCCAUUUUGCGUUUGGCAUCAAAACGAUUCGUGAGCCGCUGAAUGUUUGUUUAUAGCGCUUUGUGUCGUCUUAUAUGCAGGUCCAAAGCAGUUAGCCCUGUAAAGACUGUUUAUGGAUUAGACUUCAAAGAUAUGCAGCGCUGUAUUAUUUUAAAGCAUCUGAAGAUCAGUCUGAGAGCUUUUCAAAGAGCACCCAGAUCAGUCCCAGAGCUUACACCUAUACAUCAACACAUAAGAAAGCCUCUUGAAUACCUUCGCGCAGUACUUUCAGGUAAUGGAACAUUACUUGUACCCGACUGUAAAGGUACAGGCCGCUUUCUCAUAGUAACACGUUCCUGCAUUCGCAAUAAAUUGUGGUUUACUGUUAAAAAUGCGCUUCGUUCAAGAACCAGGCCUUACGUGGAUUCAUCUACAUGUUUGUAACUCUUGUGUGUUGUGUAGCAGAUCCAUCUUGGUCCUUUUGUCUGUCACCUCAGUAGCUUGAGUCAGACGCUUCUGAAACUGUCCGGCUGACACGGACGAGCAUUGAAAACCUGUUCCACAAUCUGCCAGUUUAAACAGUCUCUCGACUUUUGAUUUAAAUGACCAAAAAACAUUCUGGCUUGCUGAUUAUCUCUCUGCGGCGUGUCCAUUCCGAUCCGUCAGACCGCAAACAGACUUUCCCGGCUAAUCAGGUUUCGCAGUAGCAUCCUAUCAGAAACUUAAUUUUCUGCGGGGGAAGGCCGCUUGCGCAUUGAGUAUGAAUGGCGUGCGCGAGCCAAACGUCCGUCCAUGGGGCACGUUUUGGCUCCCGGCGGGGUUUGAUUGUCAUUCCAGAAUGUUCUUCCAUAAUUUCGCAAAAAAAAAAAUUGUAAUUCAUACUCAUUCUUUCUCUGUGUAUCACUGCCAUACGUAUGUUCUGCAUACACUUGUCCAAUCAGCUGUUCUGACAGAUCUCAUUGUUAGAUGUCCUUUAUUUGUGUAGAUGGAUGUUUUUCCAUACGGUGUAUUGAAAGAUUAAUUUAUUCUUUCCCCCCCCUUUUUUCAGUUUUGGUUUCCUAGAGUGUGUUUAUGAAAAUGACUCGUACGAAGCAUAAUGCAAAGACAUUAAAGUGGACGUUUAAUAAAAAUUUAGGAAUUUUAUUAUAUAUGCAUGCAUGUUGUUUUCAACAGCUAAAUCUGAACCAACCAUUUUCCAAAUGUGUCUUUUGUCCAUAGUUUGUACAGUUUUGUUGUUGUGUUCUGAAUCAAAGACAGGGGGCAGUAGGGGGUCAUCUGCAGUUUGACUCCAGCCGUGGAGUGUGGAGUUCAGUUAGCAAGAGUUCACAAGAUAUUCUGCAUUUUAUAUCAAACCACCCACGAUAAUGACCAGAACAUCAGGUACUGAUUCUAGCAGACACUGUGGUUUGUACCCAUGGUGAGGACAGAAAAUACAGCGGGCCUUUAUCAGAGCUGACAGAUCUCUGGCCUUUUUUGAUGCCCUUUAAUGCUCAGUUUCACCUACAGCAGCAGAGAUUGUGUGUUAGAGUUGGAAAAACGCCCUUAGCCAGGGCGUUUGAGAAAGAGGCCGUUCCUCUUUAUAAAUCUGCCAGCGAUGUGGGCUGAGACGGCAAUAAAAUUCAAUCUCACAACUAAGGGCUUUAAUAAGACGUGAGAGGUGCUGAUAGAUUGAGAUGUUUUUAAGGGAUUAGUGCACCAGAAAUGAAAAUUCUGUAUGGCUUUCUUUUCUCUGUGCAACACCAGCAUAAUUUGUUUUCAAAAUAGCCGAGGCGUUCUUUUCAGUACAAUAGAAAGCAAUGUGUUGUGUAUAUUGACUUAAAGCAAUCCGUCAUCAUUUACUCGCCCUCUAGUUGGUCCAAAUUUAGAAGAACGCUUGUAACCAAACAGUUUUUGGCCACCUCUGACUACCAUCACUGUAAAAAACAAUAAGAUUUCCGUACCUUUUUGUGUUAUUUGCGCAAUCUUUUUGCACCGUUUUUUCUUUUUAAGUAAACUUAACAAAAAAUACUAUAAUUUUACUUAAAAAAAAAAAAAAACUGUUCAAAACUUGCACAAUUGACAAUGGUAGUCAAAAGUGCCCCAGAACUGUUUGCUUUCCUACAUUCUUCAAAAUAUCUUCUUUUGUGUUCCUCAAAACUCGAGGAUGACUAAAUGAAGACAGAAUUUUCAUUUUUGGGUGAACCGUUUCUUUAAAGCGGGGGUCUUCAACUACUUUUCUUUGAGGGCCAGAAUCCAAAAGUAUAAAUAAGAUGUGGGCCAGUUUUUUAUUACCAUAGACUUAUUCCUUCUAUUAUUUUGUAUUUCUGUUAUUUACUGCAUUUUAUUACUUUUAUGCAGUUUUUUUGUUGCUGUUACUUAUAGGUCCUAUAUUAAACAUGCACACAAAUAUUGCAUCCAGUAUUUGUGCCUUUUCAUGAUAUUUAAUUAAAAUGGAGUCUUUUUUAGUUGUAUUUUAUAUUCCUUAAUGUGUUAGUUUACCCCAAUUGAAAAUGCUGCUAAUUUACUCACCCCCGGUACAUCCAAGAUGUUUUUCAAGAAGAUAUUUAGUUGAAUCAAAGUCAAAUCAAUGAAAGUCAAAACACCAAUAUAUUCAACACAAAAGUAAUCCAUGCCCCUUGUGAUGUUGAAUUAAUUGAUCUGUGCAAGAAAAUGCACGUUAUUAUCGGAUCUUUCUGGUGAAUCCAAUCGCAUUCAUGUGCCCCACGCACUUAGAAGGCCAGAUCCUUUGUAGUGCGAGUUCUGGAGGGAGAUGGACUGCUGUGUCCAGUGUUGUUCGGUUACCAACAUUCUUCAAAAUAUCCUCUUUUGUGUUCUACAGAAUAAAGUCAGUUAUACAGGUUUGAAAUGACAUGACGGUAAGUAAAUGAUUAAAAUAGUAUCAUUUUAUGUGAAUUAUUCCUUUAACUGAGAUCAAAGCAGUGUUGGGUGUAAUACGUAAUUUGUUACUGUAAUUUAAUUACUUUUCCCUUGAAAAAGUAAAGUAAGGGAUUACUCUUAUUUUUUCUGUAAUUUAAUUACAGUUACUUCUGAUGUAAUUAAACUAAAUACUUUGUGUAAUAUGUGUGUGUGCAGAAGAGGAAUUGACAUCAAAAUUCGAAGUCUAACUUUAAAAUCCGUGUUUAUGUAUAAUUCU